AUGAUAGCUUCGGUACUAGCUGCUCCUUCUUUCACGAUUCCCGCUAUGGAUUGUGCCAGCUGUAAACGCCAGGGAGCCAAUUUGGUAUGCUCCACUUGUGGAACGUUUUACUGCAGUGUACCUUGCCAGGCGAAGCACUGGCCUACGCAUAGAUAUUUUUGUAUGCCUCGGUUGGUGAUGGCCACUCCACUGCUUGGAACUGCUGCCUACGUAGAAUCAAAUAUGACCUCAUCGACGCCUGAACCACCUAACAUGAUGGCGAAGUCCUGUAACCAAGAAGCGAUGUUGAGCUCUUCACCCAACGUGAAGCACAAUUCAAAUUUUAUUAAUCGUGAAAACGGUAAUGGUACCACCAACAAACAAUAUCAUUCGCUGAAUAAUGGGAGAAGGGGAAGCUCGCCACAUGCGGUGGUAGCGGCUAAUGAUGCAUCCAAGAGAAACGUAACUUCGAAUGCGAAGAAAAUGCAACAAAAGUUGGACAACAUCCUCAUCGAGGCAAAAAAUACAAAUGCGAGGUUGUCGUCGACGGAAAGGACUACGGAAGUUAAGACGGAAGUAAUGUUGGUCAGCGGCGCUACCACCACGAAAGCAAAUGUGGAUAAUUGCGGACGGAAGGACGUAGAUACUAAGGAGAAAAAAUUGGUAGAGAAACUGGUCAGUAAUACUGCUCUUCCAAAAACAAACACGGUAAAGGACGUCCAAAAGGCCGAAUGUCCUACUAUGAAAAAACAGACGCAAAAGCCUGUUGCCGCUGGUUUGAAAGAAGCAAACACCAAGAUCGUCAAUUCCCAAAGCAUCAUUCGAUCAGCAAAUGUAAAUGACCAAAAGCCAGACAAUACCAGCAUGUCCUCCCAACAUCUGCAACAUGCGCCUUUCCCAGACCCGGGCAGUAAGAUGAUGAUAUCAUACGUAGCUGAUGAUAUGCUGUAUAUCUAUGAAACGGGAACCGGACCGAACGGAGACCCGAACAGCUUCGAAGUACUAAUUGCCCGGUCCAUAGAAUGUUCUCGUACCGUGCAGAGCUACAUUUCGACCCCACCAAUCGUAGGGGACAUCGUAUUUGCGGCUUACGAUGGCGAUUACUACCGAGCGGUGGUAAAGUCGAUCAGCAACGCCACUGUUGAAGUAUUAUUUCCAGAUUUUGGCAACUCUCAAACGGUACAAUGGAACACACUUAAGGAAAUCCCGGAUCCGAAGAUAAAGUACGCAAACUGUUUGACGCAUCCCGUGUGGAUCCAAAACGUGCCAUCGUUUACAAUCACUAUGAAAAAGUUCCUGAACCAACACGUGGAUGUGACAGAGUUUAUGCUGCACACAGUGAUCGAUGUGCCUAAUACCAGCACCAAGAUGGUAGAGAUGUAUCAGUGCAGCGAUCAAUACUAUUUGAGUGUUAAGCUUCAAAAUAUCAGUCUGCAGGCAGAUUCCUCCGCCAUUGCCAAGAAGAAGGUGGAUGUGCAACCCAAAUCACCGCAACACACUUCGAAAUACGUUAUUACCAACGCGAACACUUACAAACCGGUGUACAUAGAGGAGUUGAUCGAUGUAAAAACCAUCGAAGGCAAAGGGAUCGAGUUGGUGAUAAUAAAUGCUUCCGAAAGUCAGCUCUCCGUGGUGACAAAAACGAACUUCGCCCUGUACAAAGCGAUGCUGAAGGACAGUGAUGUGUAUGGGAAAAUCGAUCCAAAUCCCUACGAACCGAAGGAAAAUGAGGUAUGUCUGGUAAAGCGGGAUGGUAUCUGGUAUCGUGCAGUAACAUUGCAAGUCGUGGAUGACGAAGCCAAUUUCUAUCUGCUGGAUGAACAGCAAUUCAUUGGCUCGAAUGAUAUCGAAGUACGACGGUAUCCGCCCGGUUUGACGCGACAGCAGUUCGUUGUAGAGUGUGUGGUGGAAAAUACCAACGUAUUGCUGAACGCAAUGGGAGGAAGCGAAACAAAUGCCCAUGAACUCAGCGGAUGUUUCAUGACAGCCGACGUGUAUCAGUCGCCGGCCGAUGAGGAUACGUAUGAAACAACGCAUCUUACUAUUUUGUCUAUCUGCAAGUAA